AUUUUAGUACUUCAAGAAACUAAUGAAUCCACAAUUCCUUACUUUGAAUGCUUUUUUAAUUAUGACUCUUGGAAGAGUUUGACAUUUAAAUCUGGUUCGGUAGUUAUUAAUCUGCCAGAGAGAACAUCAAGCGUAAAGGAUCAUCCUCUGAGAUUAGAG